AUGGAUGAGAGUGAGAACAAUGAUGGACUAGACUGGGGUCCACAAUCAAUAUGGAGAGGAAAUGUGAAUCAACAAUUAAGAGCAAGACGGCUAUCAUUAUUUGAAAGUAGAGAAUUCAAGCUAUUCUUUAUACAAAUUUUUAUGCUAUGCAUAAUGUGUGCAUUUAUAUUAAGUGGUAUUAUUCUUCAUGCUAUUAAACUUAGGAAAAUACAACCUGAAGACUACAAUGAAUUUCUGGAUCUUGAUGGAAACUCUCAAGAGUUAUUCAAUACAUAUCUUAGAAAUAUUGAAGAUAAUAUGGGCCAAAUAUCCUUUUUCAAAGAAAUUAUAUAUGGGGAUAUACCAAUGAGACAAGAGAACAAGCUAGUAAGAAAUAUUGUAGUAUGCGGUGGUACCUAUAAAAAAAAUAAGCUAUGGUCUAAUGAUCUUAUGGAAAAAGCAAAAUUAUUAAUAGAAUUGUCAAUUGGCAAUAAUACUUUAACAAAAUUUAAGGGAGGUCUUUUAUUUGCUAUAAAUGAUAUUAGAAAUACAAAGUAUAGUGAAAAUGUUCAAAAAGUAGCUGAAUAUCCAAAUAUUAUCUACUCUCUUAUGGAUAAAAAUGAAAAGUCUGGAAUAUUACUUUAUAGUCUGUUUCUAGUAUCAAAUGGUUAUGUUUCUCCUUGUUACAUGUUUGGUAAGAGACUAUAUUCAUAUAUUCUUGGUCGCAGAACUGGAAUACUAGGUCACAUUAUAAUUAUACUCCCAUGGAUAUUUUCAUUAUUAUCUCCUCAUCCAUUUAUGUUGGUACAUAUUCCACGCCUUUUACUAUAUAUUGGUAUUGCUAUAUAUAGAUUUUUAGUACUUCAUUGGGGUAUAAAUCUUAUAGAAAAAAAGUUGUCAAAUUCAGACUUUUCAGAUCACAUUGUUCUUUAUUGCAUGUAUAUCCUUAUAAUAUCAAUAGAAUGGUGUGCUAUAGGCUGUAAUUUACAAAAUCGCCUAUUUGUGGCUUGUAUAAGAGGUUAUUAUCUUUCAAUACUUGCCAUUAUAGUUUAUAAUAGCUUCUUUACUGCUCUAUACUUCCAUUUCCCAUUAGAAACAUUUACAGGCUUUAUUAUAGCACUUUUUGGGUUAUUUGCUACUUUUUGGAUACUUGUGUUCCUAAAUUACCUUAAUUUAACAAAUAUUGGGAUAUGUGGAAAUCAUAACUCAGUUAGAUUAACAUAUAUGUCUGAGCUGAAACAUCAAACUCCUAGUUAA